AUGGGUCUUCUCUCUAUGCAGCAUCACUCGCAGCACCAGCAACAGGGUCAGCCGCCUUCCCAGCACCUGCAGCAGCACUCGAGACCCCCGAGUGUAGUUCACCAGCAGCAUCACGCACAGGCUCACCCGCCGCCUCAACAACACCAGAGCGCGUACUCGUCAACACACUCACUUCCUCAAGCAUACCAGACGAGCGCCCAGGCUACCAACAGCCAGGACAACCUCAGCUACUACAACCAUCCGAGUCCCUACAGCACACCCGGUGCCACAAGCGGAUACACGUCCGCAGAUACCUCCGACAUGAUGGCCGCCGCUCAAAUGCCGAGACCCCCCUACCCCCCAAUGUCCUAUCAUACUCCCCAAUCCAACUCGCCCGCCUCAGUCGCAUCACCCUCUCAACAUGACCAGCACAGAAGCAUUUACGGCCAACCGCCGUCACAGCAUCUGCAACAGUCGAUGUACUACCAGCCGCAGAACCAAUAUCAGCCCAUGCCUCCUCAAGCGACAGCCUCUCCUUACGCGCAACACGCGCCCCACCCCCAGCAGUCGAUGACUUCGCAACCCGCCAUGAUGAUGUCCCAAACUGCUCCCCAAAACCAGAUGACCCAGCAUGCGCAACACGCACAUGCGGGCAUGACUGGAAGCCCUCGGCCAAAGAUCGAACCUCAGGUGCCCCUGCAGCUCCAGAAGCCUCAGUCGUCGCCUAUGCCUCAGUCUCACCACCCCCAAAACGGCGGCCAGCUCCAGAGCCCCGGAAACUCGACUCCUGGUGUCAACCCCAGCGCGGCGCCCGGACCGAUCCCCGCGACAACCCCUCUCGUGGUCCGACAGGACGGUAACGGUGUUCAAUGGAUCGCUUUCGAGUACUCAAGGGACAGGGUCAAGAUGGAGUACACGAUCCGCUGCGAUGUCGAGUCAGUGAACAUUGACGAGCUAUCGCCCGAGUUUAAGCAGGAGAACUGCGUCUACCCUCGAGCAUGCUGCCCCAAGGAGCAGUACCGCGGAAACCGCCUGCUGUAUGAGACUGACUGCAACCGCGUCGGCUGGGCGCUGGCCGAGCUGAACAUUCCUCUCCGAGGCAAGCGAGGACUUAUUCAGCGAGCGGUUGACAGCUGGCGCAACAGCAACCAAGAUCCCCGACUCCGAAGCCGACGAGUGCGACGUAUGGCCAAGAUGAACCAGCGAAAGCAAGUCCAGGCCUCUCCGCAUCCCGGUGCGGCUCACAUGCCCGGUCCCAGCGGACCUUCAGGGAUGCCCGGCGGCCCAGGACCCAUGGGACCUGGCGCGGCCAUGGGCAAGCCUGGCCUCGGCAGCAUGGGUCAACCGAUGCACCACCACCAAGCAGGAACUCACCCCGACGGCACAGCUCAGGGUGGAGGGGAUGAAGUCGGCGAUGGUCACUCCUACGAACACCAUCACCACCAGGCUCCGACGGGUCAAAACCCUCCCAACAACGACGACGUGAGACCGGCUCAUGUUUUUACUGGAUACAACAACCAGCCAUAUCCCACUAGCGCGCCAAUGUCUCACAUGGCUCCCCACGCUGGCGGUGCUGUCCCGGCUAAGCGCCACAGCCGUGGUAACGCUGAUGAGCCCGACGAUCUCUUCCCGGACAUCCCUGAGGCCAAGAAGCGCAAGUUUAUUCUUGUCGAAGAUAAUGUCCGCGGAUCUCGCCUCCGUGUCCGGGUGACCCUUGAGGGCGUCGACACCAAUGAGAUCCCUGACAGCUUCCGCAAGGGAGCCAGUGUUUUCCCCCGUAGCUAUUUUCCUCGAGAGAUGCAGAGCCCUCCUCCAAGCGCGACCGGCUCGCGCUUCUUUGCCGAUGAUCAAGACGAUGACGGUAUCGAGGAGACUGAAGGUCGCGAGGCCAGUCGCCGCGGAGCUAACCGAACUGGCAAGGAGAUGGUCAAGGUUCCCAUGGGCGAGUCCCAAGGCGAGAUUGUCAUCCCCCGAAUGAGGAAGUCUAUCCGAGGCAAGGAGGUUCGGCUCAACGACCUUGGGUACCGAAUGGCAUGGCUCCAGAGCCGAGUCUUUGCUGGUCGGACAGUCUUUCUGCAGCGAGCCUUGGACUGCUACCGCAACAAAACGCGAGCCGCCAUUGAGAGCAUCAUGCAGGACGUCAAGACGGUUGCGCCUCACUAUGAGACGCGCGUUGGAAAGCGACGCUGGAAUGAGCGCAUGCGCCGUGGAGAGAAGAAGGACGACGAGUAG